ACAACAGCGUAUCACAUGCUGUUAUUACAUCAGAGCUCAGACUAGUUUCAUUUCUCAGGAAGUGAGACACAAGACAGUCAGACAGUCGUUGUCACUGAGCGAGAGGUGAAAUGGCGCAGAAAGGAGUUCAGCUGGACCGGGAAACCUUCUCUUGUUCCAUCUGUCUGGAUCUACUGAAGGAUCCGGUGACUAUUCCUUGUGGACACAGCUACUGCAUGAACUGUAUUAAAGGCUUCUGGGAUGAAGGGGAUGAGAAGGGAAUGUACAGCUGCCCUCAGUGCAGGCAGAGCUUCACACCGAGGCCUGUACUGGUGAAAAACACCAUGUUGGCAGCUUUAGUGGAGGAGCUGAAGAAGACUGGACUCCAAGCUGCUCCUGCUGAUCACUGCUAUGCUGGAGCUGAAGAUGUGGCCUGUGAUGUCUGCACCGGGAAAAAACUCAAAGCCAUCAAGUCCUGUCUGCUAUGUCUGAUCUCUUAUUUUAUACAUUUUGGUCCAACAAAGUUCAAACUCCCGUCUCAGGUCCUGAGUCCUCCAGAGUAG